AUGAGAGAAUGUUUGUACGAAAAAAAGAGAUAUAAAAAACUUAUUAAAGAGUUUGAAAAACUGAGUGUAUCGAACAAAAAUGAAAUAGCUUUAAAAGAUGCAACUAUUAUUUGCCAACGCGCAAAACUUCAAAGAACAAUACUUCAUUCCAAAGGUGAAAAUAAACUUGUAUCACAAGGCCAACGUUAUGCAAUUAAAGUUCGUGAUUUAAACAAUAUAAUACAUGCUCAUAAAAAAGAAUCUAUUGAAUUAAAACAAAAAAUAAAUGAAUUAGAAAAUACCGUUAUACAAUUAAAAAAUGACAGCAUAAAUUUCAAAAGAAGUAUUAAAAAUGUCACACUUAUAAAUCAAUCGAUAGUAGAGAGCAAUUACGAAAAGCCAAGGUCAUAUUCUUUAGAAGAAUCAUUGCAAAACAAAAUUUAUAGAUUAGAAGAUCAGAUCAAUAAAGAAAAAUCAAAGAACACUGAACUUCUAACUCAAAUAAACACCAUAAAAAGUUUAAAACAAAUAGAAUAUGAAGCAAAUUCCAAAAAUCUGAGCGACGCACUCAAGGAAAAUCAGAGGCUGAUAAAUUUAAAAAAUAAUUUAGUAUCAAAAAACAUUACUUUGGAGAAAUUGAAAGGAGAAAAUAAUUUAUUAAAACAUAAAACAAAAGAUAAAGAAAAUAGAUUAAGAUACAUGCAAAAUAAAUUUGUAAAACUGGACAACCAAACAACGACCCGUAUUUUAAACACUAAAAUACUUGAAAUGGUACAUCCUGAAAAGAAGUUAAAACGAUUAACAAAUGUUCAAUUAAUUAAAAAUAAAAUAGAACAAAGUGAUAAAUUGAACAAAUCAAACUUAGAAAAAAAAGAAAAAUAUGUAAGAUUUAGUGAAGAGAAGAAAAUGACAACAUACAGAUAA